AUGGCGCAUGACCUUUCAACCGUGACGGGAACAUUUAGAGUUGAAGACUGUGGCUCCAACAGAAAUAAAAUAUUUGCUAUUUACUGUACUGUAUUUAGCGAAAUGACUGAAAGUCAACUGCGGCGCAAUAUCUCCCAAGUUUUGAACAAAUCCCAGGCAUUGCUUAACUUAGGAGUUAAGAAAAGCCACAUGAAAUUCCUUGAUGAAAUGGUUUGUGAUGAAAGCACAACAUCAACUAACAAUCGAGCUUUCUCUUGGCCAAUGACAAAAAUAGGAACUACUGCGGAGAUCCCAUGUCAUGGAAAUGUAGCCACCAGGCAUUGUUCUUCCAGAACGAUGCGGCAUCCAGAAAUGGCAUCAAGUCAAAACCUGUCAUCACAAAGUGUUCACCGUUUACUGGUAUCUGGCAGAAGCAGACAUGUCUCAAUGUACAGUGCAGAACAGAGCAAGGCAUUGAUGAUGGCUGGACCGAAUCCUUCGCAUUUCGUUUGAUUUUAAACUCUUUCGACGAAUAUAAAAAACCUGCUGAGAACAUAUCAAGAGCCAUGGAGCAUGAGUUUUUAACCGUGACUGGAAAAUUCAGAGUUGAAUAUCCUGGUGUUCAAAGUCAACUGCGGCGCAAUAUCUCCCAAGUUUUGAACAAAUUCCAGGCAUUGCUCAACAUGAAUUUGUUUGAUGAAAGUUCAAGUACUGGUAAUGGAACAGAGGAUAGAACAGCAAAAACAAACUUUUGAGUGAAAAUCGAAAAAGAGCCUCCAAGAAUCGUCUUUGAUGAUAUUUUAUGCUAUAAAACGAUAUUUUCUGCAUAUAUAAUACAAAA